UGUGCUGACAUGUGUAAACUUAACAAGUGUAAACUUUGUACUGUCGGGCGCAUGAUGCACAAAAUGACACUUUGAUUAAAAAAUACUUUGCCAUCUUUUUCGUCCUGGCGUGUGUAAUCGUUUGAUUAAAUUGUGGUUGCAGGUUAACAAUAGGCUGUUGCAACAGGCUGGUUUAUACAUGACUCGUAGCUUACAGUAGACAACUAGUGUACUACUUGGAAUACUAACUCAUGUAAAGUACGUCUGUUACUAUAGGUUUAAAACGUGAUCAUGGUAAUUUGGGAACUCCUUGAAAGUCACACGGCAGUGAGCACUGUUUGCCUGGGCGUCAUCGCAGUCACCAUUGUUGCACUGUUAAAACAACUCGCCACAGUAUGGCAAACAUUUCGAUACUUUCAAAGUUUUCCCGGCGAUCCAAAUUUUUCUCUAUUGUAUGGAAAUCUUCAUAAGCUUCCAAAAACAGGAGAAGCAAGAUUAGCGUAUGGACGAUACAACAUGGAUGUAAGACAUUCUAAAUUUGCACGCAUGUGGAUUGGUCCAUUUCAGCCCACAAUUGUCGUCUACCAUCCGGACACAGUAAAGGUGAUUCUAAAGUCAUCGGCACCGAAAUCCCGAGGGUUUGGACAUACUUAUGAGCACGCUAUACCAUGGAUCGGAGAAGGUCUGAUUGCAUCCAAUGGCGCAACAUGGGCUAGAUCCAGGAGACUACUGACCCCAGCAUUUUACUUUGAUGUUCUUCAGCAUUACAUCGAGAUAUACAACCAGGCUGCAGACAUUCUUUUUGAAAAGUUGGACAAACUGGCAGAAAGUGGAGAAAGUUUUGAUAUUUGUCCUCUCAUGACCCUAUGUACUUUGGAUGUAAUAUUGAAAUGCGCAAUGAGCUAUGAUGGCGAUAUACAGAGGUUGAGUGAGCACCCGUACGCACAGGCCGCCAGGGAACUUGUUCAAGCGUGGGCAACGAGAUCAAGAACUCCCUACUUGUGGCCAUCAUGGAUCUUUCGGCUUACAGCGAUGGGUCGUCAGUUCUAUAAAAACUGUGACUAUGUGCAUAAGGUAGCUGAGGAUAUUAUAGUGCAACGACGGCUGCAUUUGAACAAAGGUGUACAAGUCAAAAAAAGACAUUUGGAUUUUCUAGACAUUUUAUUGACAGCUCAAGAUGAGGACGGAAGUCCAAUGACCAAUUUAGAAAUAAGAAAUGAAGUGGACACAUUUUUGUUUGCUGGUCAUGACACCACUGCCACUUCCUUACCAUGGAUACUCCAUUGCCUUGUGCACAAUCCUAAAUAUCAAGUUCAAGUACAAAACGAGGUUGAUCUAUUGGGAGAUGGUUUUGUCAAGUGGGCUGAUUUAACCAAGCUAAAGACAUUAUCACUAUGUAUUAAAGAAGCAAUGAGGCUUUACCCACCUGUGCCGUUUAUCCAAAGAAAAUUGCACGAAGAUGCUGUGAUUGAAGGAAUGAAAAUUCCUCGGGGAACUAACAUUACCAUUGCCAUAGUACACUUGCACAGAAACCCACAAGUUUGGGAAUAUCCGGAUGAAUUUCAUCCUGAAAGAUUUGAAUUAGAAGACACAAAAGGGAGAGAUUCUUUCGCAUUCACGCCAUUUUCUGCUGGCUCGAGGAACUGCAUUGGUCAAAACUUUGCACUUAUUGAAGAGAAAAUAAUCAUAGCGCGGAUUCUCAAAAGGUACACUUUGGAGUCGGCACCUGAUGGUCCACCAGUAGCAAGAAGUGCUCAGGCUGUAUUAAAAAGUGAAAAUGGAAUUUGGCUUAAAAUCAAGAGAAGAGACUCCUAAUGCUAAAAGCGCGUCUUACAAUUGGUGUCUAUGAAACAAAUCUGUGUAAAAAAAUGUUACCUUUUAUUAUUCAUUGGAUUUUUGCAUUACUAUAAUAAUAAACAAAAUUAAAAUGC